GCAGUAUCACUACAUAGUCCUUACAUAUCUUUAGUCUUUCGUUAUUAUACACCUCGCACAACAUGAGGUGAUUGCAUACUAUACUUGGACAUCGAUAACCACACCCAUCACCAUGUCUACGCAAGGCCGCCGAACACAUUACCAGCCGCCAUGGGGCAACGCCAACAUUAUCGGUGUAGCUGGUAGCUCAGGGUCUGGUAAGACAUCUCUGGCGAUGGCUAUUGUGGCUUCUAUGAACCUACCUUGGGUGGUGAUUCUCUCGAUGGAUUCGUUCUACAAACCGUUGACCCCCGAGCAAUCAGCUAUGGCUUUCAGGAACGAGUACGACUUCGAUUCGCCGGAAGCUAUUGACUUUGAUAUCCUGGUCGAACGGCUAAGAGAUAUCAAGGCUGGCAAAGUUGCCGAAGUGCCUGUAUACUCUUUCGCGAAGCACUCAAGACUUGAGCAAACUACCACAGUCUACUCACCUCAUGUUGUGAUUUUAGAGGGCAUCUUUGCUCUGCAUGAUCAGCGAGUCUUGGAUAUGCUCGAUCUUAAGAUAUUUGCCGAAGCAGACUCUGACCUCUGUCUGUCACGACGCUUGGUCCGAGACGUCAAAGAGCGUGGUCGUGACAUCGAAGGCUGCAUCAAGCAGUGGUUUGGCUUUGUCAAGCCCAAUUUCUACAAAUAUGUCGCACCGCAGCGUGAGAUCGCUGAUCUCAUCGUUCCUCGAGGUAUCGAGAACAAGGUCGCCAUUUCUAUGGUUGCUGAUCAAGUGCGAAAAACACUCAAGGAUAAGUCAGCACAGCAUCAGAUGGAGCUCCGCCGUCUUGGGCAAAUUGCUGAGGAUAGACCUUUGCACGUCAAUGCAAAGGUUCUGGAGCAGACCAAUCAAGUGAGGGGCAUGCAUACUAUGCUCAUGAAUCGAAGCACUUCCAAGGAGGACUUCGUGUUCUACUUUGACCGGAUGGUUGCACUGCUUAUUGAGACAGCGGUAGACUUCAUGCCUUUCACACCGAGACAGGUCCUCACGCCACAGGACAACCUUUACAUGGGCCUCAAGAAAGAAGGUGAGGUCAGUGCAGUGGUUGUCCUUCGUGGUGGUAGUGCAUUCGAAACCGGUCUGCGGCGCACAAUACCAGACUGUGUUACAGGACGAGUUUUGAUCCAGACGAACUACCGCACAGGAGAGCCUGAACUACACUACCGGGCACUUCCUCCAAACAUCGCACAGCACAGCCUGGUACUGGUUCUUGAUCCGCAAUUCUCCUCCGGUGCUGCGGCCUUGAUGGCAGUCCAAGUCUUGGUGGAUCAUGGUGUCCCAGAAGAGAGGAUAGCAUUCGUCACAUAUGCAGCUGGUCGCGUUGGUAUGAAUCGUGUGCUGAGUGUCUUCCCGGAGAUCAAGAUAGUGGUAGCGAGGAUUGGAGAUGACAUGGAGAACCGCUGGGUUGAAACAAAGUAUCUGGGAUGUUGAGAGAAAUGCAUUGCUAGAAAGGCCGAGAAUGGACCCAUGGUUGCAUUUACAUGCAUCGCACGCGCUCCCUAGAGUCGCAUUAGGAAUUCUCUCUUUUUUCAAUGCAAUUUCUUCUAAACUACAAGGGUCUAUGCAAUGCCUGCCAACUCAGGUCUUAAAUUGCUCAAACGCCCUGCUGAUGAUUAGGCAGACAAUACCGUACGCCGCAUGCAACUCUAGCCCCAAUGCCAUGUCGCACAAGUACGUGCAGUGGGUAUCAUAAGAAGUACUCUGUUGUCACAUCCUUGCCCUGCUGUUGUUGCUGCUCAGCU